GUAUGGAAUUGAAUAGAGAAGUUAACACAUUGAGGAACAAAGUUGUUUCAGCAUGGCGUCUUAUCGUGUUGAAAGAAGUUAUUUUAUUUUCUUUAUAGUUCAUGUAACUCAGUUAAUUUUUUUGGAAUGCGCCGCGAUUCCAACUAUUUCAAGAAAUACCAACGUUUUACACCAAAAGAGCGUUUCUAGAGAGAAUGAACAAGGCAAGGUUAGAAUGAUGCCAAAGAUAAAAGAUAGGGCAGGGCUGUCUUACAAAUUAAAAAUGAUGAAAGAUGUCGUGAAGAUAUACAAGAUUUUUGUUCAGCUGCCAAUCAGGAUAAGGGAAACUACGAGUUGUUGUUGUGUUUACAAAACCAAAUCAAGGAGGAUGAAUUGUCUGAUGAGUGUCAUCAGGCAUUGUGGGAAUACAAAAAUCAACUUAUCAAUAAUCCUAUAUUUGAAGCACCAGCUGAGGCACUAUGUCAAGAUGUUUGGAAAAAUAUUGAUGAAUGCAAAAAUGUUCAACCCAAAACUGGUGAAUUAGUGCCAUGUUUGGUAGAAAAUAAGGAUCAAAUCCAAAACAAACGUUGUAAACAUGUUAUCAAUAAACUGGCACAGAUAUUAUUCACUGACUAUCGAUUGUUGAAGCAUUUUUAUCAAGAGUGUGAUGAAGAUGUAAAGAAAUUUAAAUGUGGUAGAAUUGAUGAAAAAGAUGAAGGUGAAGUUCACACACAAGGAUCAACACUUGAGUGUUUGGAAGAAAAUGAAGAAAAUCUCACGAAGAGUUGUCGUCAUAAAGUAUUCCGAGUUGCCGAGCUGCAAAGCGAUGAUUAUCAUAUGAACAGAGCAUUGUACUAUGCUUGCCGCGGUGAUCGUGAACAUUUCUGCUCAGAUGUUGAGGCUGGUGAAGGAAGAAUAUACGAGUGCUUGAAGAAGAAUAAGUUUUCUAAAGAAAUGUCGCAUGAGUGUCAAGAGAAAUUGACCACAAAGCAAAAAAUAGAAUCGAAAGACCACAAGGCAAAUUUCCCGUUCAUGCAAAGUUGUGAGAGUGCAAUGCGCGAGAAUGAAUGCGAAGCAAAAGGUGAAACGCCGGCUGAACUUGCCAAAGUCCUGUUAUGUUUGGAAAAGGCUAUUUUGAAUGGAGCUGAAGUUGACGGUACAUGUCGACAACAUAUGAAAGACAUUCAACAACAAUUAAUGCAAGAUUAUUCAAUAAAUCCAGAUAUUGUAGCCAAUUGUGAAACGGAAAUUAAAACGUUUUGUCGUAAGGUAGAAAAAGGUGGAAAGACUUUAGAUUGUUUGAUGGAGAAAGCCAUGGAAAAGGAAGGAAAGGAUAAUAACAUUGAAUUUAGCGACAAAUGCUACAAUGCGAUUAGCAAUCUUUUAAAAGAGACCGGCGCUGGAGGAGAUUUUAAAGUUGAUGCAACGUUACAAAAAGCGUGCAAGGAACCUGCACGCAAGUUAUGUCCUGAGGCCAAGAAUGAUAUGGGCGUGUUAUCGUGUCUUAUGGAAAAUUUUGAAAGUAAAGAUCUUGCAGGUGCUUGUCAUGAACAGUUGUUGCAUUUACAGUUCUUCAUGGCCAGGGAUUUCCAAUUGGACGAGUCUGCUUAUCAAGCAUGUCAUAGUGAUGCUGAUAAACUUUGUAAAAAUCCUCACUUUGGCAACGAAGACAAAGAAAUUGCUCCUCAGGCGAUGACGUUAUCGUGUCUUUAUCGUCAUAUGUUACCGAACAUGAACCCCGAUCCUACGCAAAAGGUUAGUUCGGAGUGCGUUGCUGUAGUGAUGAAAACGAUGCAUCAACGUGCUGCGGAUGUUCGCCUCAUGCCUCAAGUACAGCUAAGAUGCAUCACAGAUCUGGCAAAAUAUUGCUCAGAAAACGUCGAAGAAAGUGAUGAACUCAAAUGUCUACAAGACAACAUGGAAAAACUGAGCGACACGUGCAAAGAAAGUAUGGAAACUCUAACAGAAGAAGAAAGUGAGGACAUAGAUCUCGACAAAUCACUCGUGAAACAUUGCUCUGAAAUGGUGAAAUUCUUUUGCUCUGAUCUGCUCAAACGUAACGAUGCUGACGGAAUACUUCCCUGUCUUUACAAUAAUAAAUACGAUCACGAGAUGGAUGAUAAAUGUCGUGCUGAACUGGAACACAAGCAAUUGAUUGAGAUGAAAGACUAUCGUUUUUCAUCCAAGUUCAAAAAAGCAUGUAGACAAGAUGUCCAGGAUAAUUGUAACACUGCGAAAUCCAAAGCCGACGUUAUCAAGUGUCUGAGCCUUAAAGUUCGCAGUGCUGUUGUUGAUGGAGAAAAGCACACAAUAUCAGGGGAAUGUCGUAAACAGUUGAAUGUUGAAAAACUACGUCAAGCUGAAGACAUAAAGUUUGAUCCUGAAUUAUAUGGCGCAUGCGCUGAUGACGUAAAAAAGCUUUGCAUUCACAAACAUGAAAAUGGUCCAGCGGCGGUUUUAGAAUGUUUGAAAGAGUUUCAAGAUCAGUUAUCUGACGAUUGUUCCAGACGAAUUUUUGAACGAGAGAAAAAAGAAGUCUCUAAUCCUAAACUUGAUGUAAGACUGUUCAAAGUGUGCAAGCCAUUGAUCAAGAAAUUCUGCAAGGAUGUUUCACCAAAUAAAAUCCUUCACUGUCUUGAAGAACACAAACGUGAUAUGGGUGACUACGAGGAAUGUCGCGAAAUGGUAUUUACUCGUCAGAAAAAUGCUCUUAAAGAUAUUGAACUGAUGCCUGGUUUGGCUAAAGCAUGUCACAAAGAUAUCAAAGAUUUCUGUCAUGAAGUUACUCAUAAUGAUCAAAUCAUACCUUGCUUGAAGAAGAACAUUAAGAAACUAUCUAGCAACUGUGAAGAAUUUGUAGUAAAUUUAGAGAAGGAAGCUGCCUUAGAUUAUCGUCUGAAUCCAUCUUUAGCCAAAGCUUGUGCAGAUGAGAUUGAAGCACAUUGUUCUGAUAUUAACCCCGGACAUGGAGAAAUAAUGGAAUGUUUAAGAAACAAUUACCAAGACAUUAAAAACACAAAAUGUCGAGCGGAGAUAAAAGAAGCGCUUAUUGAAGAACGCACUGAUAUCAUGGCCGACCCUCUUCUUCAUGAAACUUGCUUUAGAGCGGCAACAAGAUUUUGUCAUGAGAUCAGUCAUGGUCGAGGAAGAAUUUUACAAUGUCUUUUGGAUGCUUUGGAAAAAGGACAAAUAAACAAAGGAGAAUGCAAAACAAUGCUAAAGUCACGGAAAGAAAUGUGGUCUGGCUUUCAGCUCCCGCCACCUGAAUCUUUCAUUGAACUUGCUGCAGUCAUAAAUACUUCUCCACAAAGAAAUUAUUUCUUCAUCGUGUUUUCUUGUGUUUUGGCCAUCAUUUUUGUCGGCGGUCUUGUUUCUGGACGUUUAACCAAACGUGUUGCGCGCGAAGUGAAAAAUCGAUAAGUCUUAAAGGCUUCUGUGAUAUACGAACAUCAAAUGAACGAGGUAUAAUGACGACUUGUAGAAACUAAUAAAAGUAAGGCGAUGUAGUUGUAUUCGGUGUUUGAUUGUAUCUAGGUGUUAAGCUCAUUCUCGGGACAUUGUCAAAUAAUCGGAAGCAUUUAAUCAUAAGCGUCUUUAUGUUUUAUCAACAUAUAUAUAUGUAUUUAACUGUCGCUUGCUAAUAUAUAGUAGCAGGAAAAAGCGGAUGAUUAUUUUUCAAGCACAACGUGAAUGGUGUUUUAGUUAAGUGUCAGUUUGCUGUUUCCAAAAAUUCUGGACUGAUUUCUUCAUUAAAACAACUUGUCGAUCAAACGAUUUUAAA